CGGACACAUUUAACAGUUGCGCCCGUUGUCAGCCGUUGGGAGCUGUUGCCGCUGGUCGAGACGUUGGAUGCUCCUCAAAGAAAACAAAGAAACUCAGACUGAAGAAACGACUUUUUAUUGUUUGUGCCACGGGCAGAGAGCGAGUUUAAGCCAUGGCUGGACCUGUCAGUCUGGAGCUGGAUCCCAUCUUCCUGAAGGGGUUGAGUUACCUGCACUCCAAGAGUAAAGACUCAGCUGAGAAACUCAAAGCUUUACUAGACGAGUCCCUUUCAAGAGGAAGCGACUCAUCUUACCGUUCGUUACAAAAGGAUAUCGAGGUGUCCAAGGGAUCUGUGUCAAAACUGAGCUUAAGCAAACAGGACUCUAAGUCCUCCUCAAGUUCCUCAUCCUCCAGCAGCAGCAGCGGCAGUAGCAAAUCCAGUUCUGAAAAGAGCAAGAAAGAGGCAGAGAAGAGAUCUGCUGAGAAGGUCAGAGUCGACUUGAGUGAUGUGGACCCUCCGAAAAAGCCCCGUUUGGAGAAACAGGAGAACCGUUCAUCUCCCAUUACCGUUCAGACGAGCAAAGACCUCCUGCCAAACCUAAACGACUACGAUGAGACCAAUGCUGAUGAUUUCGCCAUGGAGAUGGGCCUGGCUUGUGUCGUCUGCAGACAAAUGACAGUGUCCAUGGGAAACCAGCUGGUUGAGUGUCAGGAGUGCCAUAAUCUGUACCACCAGGACUGUCACAAGCCCCAAGUGACAGACAAAGAAGUAAACGAUCCUCGGCUUGUGUGGUAUUGUGCCCGCUGCACCAGGCAAAUGAAACGUAUGGCCCAGAAACCUCCACAGAAACCAUCCCCUGUAUCUGCAUCAUCAGCGCCUGUCGUAAAGGACACACUGGUUAAAAAGGCAGAGCUUAAAGCCAAGCCUGACACAGCCAGCACCUUCCAAGCCUUCAAAAGAGCAGAAGUGAAGGCGUCCGCGACAUCAGCCAAUCCCACCAGCAGCAGCUCCUCCUCCUCAGGCAGCGGUCUCACAGGCUGGGCUGCUUUUGGCGCCAAAACGAACCCAUCUCUUCCUGCCAGCUCCAAACUGGGUUCCUCGGGCCAAAGUGGGAGUCACAAAACCUUGACACCUCCCUCUGGCCAGAAACCCGUUGGGCUGUCGGGGCUAGCAGGAGCCAAGUCGGGACUUGGGAGUGCAAAGAUACCAGGGAGUGGCAACGGAAACGGCUCUAGCCAGCCCCCUCUGAAAGCACCCCCACCCCUGACUCUGGGCAAGCAGCCACUGAACCGCUCAUCAAGCGGUGAAAGCCAAGGGAAAGGGUCUUCCUCAUCGGGGGGCGGCUCUCCGAGCAGCUCUCAGGCGAGUGGAGGAGGGAACGGAGGCAAUAACGGAGGCAACGGGAACAAUGGGAAUGGGUCAAAGGCUGCACCAGGGGACAAAGCGCCAACAUCCCAAGAGUCCCAGCUAAAUGCCAUGAAAAGGUUACAACUGGUGAAGAAGAAAGCAGCGCAGAAGAAACUGAAGAAAUGAGUAGAGAGACGCACAAAAAAACGUGGGCGGUGUGAGGGAGUAUAAAAUAAACGCUUAGUUAGUGCCAGAGCGUUACGUUUGUAUUACAAGAGCAUCUGUACAUGAGUAACACAUCCAGUCGAAUACUUGAAUCUUACUUUGUGUAAAUGCUGCUGGACUCUGUGUGCCUCGUUCUGUCCUAACAAGUCUAUCCGUUGGAGAGAAAAAAAAGUGACUUUUUAUCAACAAACGUCAUUAAAUCUCUUCUUAUAAACUGGCAGUAGCAAUGACUCUGUAGCAUUUGGUGUCAUUAAGUGUAAAUCAUCGUAUCCCACAGGACCAAUAGAGAAUGGAUCAUGUUUAUUCAUGACAUGAUUGUUAAAAUAUAAACGUUGACAUAGAUUUCUUCAUUUCACGGUCACAAGACAUAUACUUCAUGUAUUAAAUCAUUUCACAUAUAAUAUGGACUUCAUCUGUAAAUCACUUCACAUAUAAAAUUAUCUUCAUGAAUAGAUCACUUCAUUAUCAAUAUAAACUCUACAACACUGAAGUACAAAAAAAGUGCUCAAUACAGUGCCCUGUAUUUUCCUACGAUUAUUUCUAUUCACAAAUUGUUGUUCCCUUUGGUGAGUUUUUCUGUUAUGAUCUGAAGGCAAAGUAGACUGAACACUUUUGGUGUGAGAUGUCUUGAUAACAUCCAAUGAUACCUAUUGCAAUUUUGAUUUUUCACAAACAGAACGUGUCACUGUCAGGACUAUUUUUAAUCUGUAUCAAAGAGUAAGUGGAUUUGUAUAAAAAUGUCACAGGUUGA